UGCAAACAUAAAUAAUUCACUUCUGUGGCUCAAAAGGAAAUCUCCACUGUUAACCUUUUAAGUUGUGAAGUUUCACUGUGUAUUUUUGGGGCGGGGAACUAUUUAAUGAGCUACUUUUCUUUACUUGACAGACAAGUUUCAACAGUCGAAACAGCACAACAUCAGACUUACUGGAGAAACUCGUCUUGGUCUUAGAUAAGAUUUACACUGUGUGCGUCAUCACCAUGUUUUCUGCCAAACGGUUAAUAGGAGGCCUAUUGGAUGUUGUGAGCAAUAUUGAUCCCUCCCAGUUUGUUCCUUCUGCUCCACCUCCUGCACGAAGACCCUUAACAAAUGUCCAGGCAUCUGCGGAUGAGAGCGAUGAGGACAGACAGUUCCGUAAAGUUUUCGCACAGAUCGCCGGAGAGGACAUGGAAGUUAGCCCUAAUGAGCUGAUGAGCGUUCUCAACAGGAUUCUGACCAAGCAUGCUGACCUAAAGACUGAUGGUUUCUCAAUUGAGUCUUGCAGGAGCAUGGUGGCAAUAAUGGAUACUGACAAUUCUGGAAAGUUGGGCUUUACAGAAUUCAAAUACCUGUGGAACAAUAUAAAGAGAUGGCAGGCCAUCUAUAAGACGUAUGAUGCAGAUCACUCUGGAACGAUUGGGGCCAGUGAGCUGCCCGCAGCUUUCAAAGCAGCAGGUUUUCCUCUUACUGAUAAUCUCUACCAGAUGAUUAUUCGCAGGUAUAGCGAUGAAAGCGGCAACAUGGACUUUGACAAUUAUAUCGGGUGUCUGGUGCGACUGGAUGCAAUGUGCCGUGCUUUUAAGACGCUUGACAAGAACAGUACAGGAACUGUCAGUGUCAACAUUAAGGAGUGGCUUCAGCUGACUAUGUACUCUUAAAGCAAAAAUACAUCGAACCCCUGACUACAAAAAAUUUGUUUUGGAUAUUAUGAAUCAUUGUACAUCUCCUUUUUGGAUUGUAUUAAAAUAGUAAAACUGCAUACUUAAAAUAUGAAUAAAAUAUAAAUAAUUUA